AUGGCCCCCCCAACCGCGGAAAAGCAGGCUGCGCCUAGCGCGCCGUUGCCUUCUGUUUCUCCCCCGUCCGACGAUUUGGCCGCCUCGCCGCAGUCCCCGCCGUGCAGAGCGGACUCGCCUCCCGCGCGGGCGGAAGGGGCCCCGGGGCCCCCGGGGCCCCCGGGGCCCCCGCAGCCGGCGAGCCCCGAACAAGCGACGAGCGAGGACUUCCAGCUGAUGUGGGGCGAACUGGAGGCGUACUUGACGAAGCGGUUCGCCGGGGGCCCGCAGAGCCUGGUUUGCCUGCGGCGCGUGCUGGAUCAGGUCAAGCGGCAGCGGCUGCGGGUGGAAGAACUGGCUUUCCUGAUUGGGCACUCCUUCCCCGACGCGCCGGACGUGUCGCUGUGCAUGUCUUUGUUCUUUCCCGACCGGACUUUGAUUCACGCGGGAAACCCCGCGGCCGCGAUGUGCGUGCUGAUUCAGAACAUGGCGCCGGAGAAGUACGCGAUCUUCAACAGCAUUCUCAAGAGCUGCAUGGCGCAGAAGACGCAGCGCGGCAGCCGCGACAUUUUGCUGCACCGCAUGCAGCUGCUCUUCAGGGGCCACCCCCUCGUCAUCCGCGCCAUCAGGAAGCUCUUGGUGCAGCAGUUCUGCAUCGAGAAAAACGACGGAGUCAUUCGCAAAGACCAGGCUCUUGAACUCACCAAGCCCUUCGACGACGAGCCCGUCCAGGUGCACUCGGCGUACCGGCUGGCGUACCAAGUGGGGCUCUCCGGCGGCUGCGCCGAGCGCGCGCGAGGCCUGGCGUCUGCAGUGCUGCACUUAGUGCGGAUGUUUCUGGCGCGAAGACUGGCCUUUGGGGCUUUGAGCGAGGAGUUGGACUUGGCCUUCGCGGCCUUCCCCGCGUGGUUCCACGUCUCUGGCGACAUAAAGCGGCUCAUUUUGACAAUUAAAAGCGAAGACUUUAAAGCUGGAAAGGAAAUAGAACAAGUCGUGAAGCUCCUCGCCGCGCGCAACGGCAAGUCGGCCCGUUCUUGCAAGAGGCGGCGCCGGGCCUGCUGCUGCUUCCCUUGCUGCUUCAGCGGGCGCUUUGCAGGAAGCAGCGCUUCUUUUGCUGCUGCUCUCAGUUUAGUGGCUGUUCUCAGUUGCAGCUUGUCAGGACUCCCGCGCCUCGCUGCGGCACUUGUGCGACUUGUUUUUGAACGGAGUUUCGAAGCAGUCCGUGGCUUUGCGGCUGGAAGUGGACCACUUGAUUGCCAGGGCCGCGAAAGGCGAAGUUUCCUCUUCCCUCGCGCUGCAGCGAAUCGCAGCUCUUCUUGCCCGCUAUCCGGACUGCACAAACUGGGAGUGCUGCUGAGGCUCUUUCGGGACAUUGGAGCCAGCAGGCUGCAGGAAAGCGAGGAAGCCGCGCAGAAGACGGAGCCGGAGAAGGCUCGGGAACUCGCAGCAGCAAGUGCAGCAGACCCGCACACUGGCGACUCAGCAGAUAAUGCUGUUAAUUUGAAUCCAGAAAGCAAAAACGAUCUGGGAAUUAACGCCAAUGGACUUGCGCACGUCAAAACUGAAACGCCAACUACAGACUCCAGUGCUGCCGCGUUGGCGAACGGCACUGGAAACUCUGCCGAUUGCGGUUCUUCUUUGUCUGCGAAGGAAGAAAAGGGUUUUUCUGAAGAAGUGAAGACUCUGGCGGCAGCUGCUGCGGACUUGUUGUCUCGAAAUAUAUCUCCCUGUCGCUUUCGCAGCCAGGAGCUGAUGAUUCAGCUCAUGAGCUACAAGUGGCUGCAGCCGCUCUACGGAGUGCUGGACGACUGGAACGCAGGGAGGCUUUUCAAAGACGACCUUUUUGUUUGUUGUGUUCAAUCAGGCCUUUUCCGCGUUCGAGGCCGCGGCCGCGGCCUCCGCGCGCGGGCUGGAGGCGCUGCGGCGGCUCGUGCUGGUCCUCCAGGCCCAGAAAGCCGCGGGCCCCGCGAGGCCCCCUUUGACUCGCCAGCAAUACGACGCUUUGCCUCGAAACGGCUCUUACAGGAAAUUGCCGGAAGAGUGGCCGGCGUUGGCCUGCAGCGGCAGAGACGGGCUGGCCUGGCAAGUGUUGAACGACAGGUGGGCAGUGAGCGCUCGGCCGAUCUUUCUUUUUUUCUGCUUUUCUGGAAGAAGUUGAAGCAAAUAGUUUUAAUUGCCGCUUUUAAUGUGCAAGUGCUUGCGCAUUUAGAGGUUGUUCGGCAAAUGCUGCGGGAGAAUUUUCUGAAAUGCCAGUUUUGA